AUGAAGAUUCUCAAUUUUCUUCUUUAUUCCUCUUUUUCCAAAGAAAUUCCGACAGAAACGAUCGAGAAAAUCGUCGGCGACAUGGAUACCAUGUUCAAAUCGAGCAUCAGCGGAUACAAAGAGAUCAAAGCUGGAAUUUCGAAAACGAAUUUUAUAAUGCCGGAGCCGUGUAGAAACAUGAACUCGUUUAAAAAUGUCGCUCAGUGUGGACAGACUUUUGUUGAAGAUGUUUAUGCUACUGGAUUAAAAAGCAUAAUCGCCACAUUCAACAACCUAAUUGGCGACACCUCCUCCGUCCAAGAAAGCUUAGACAAACUGAACACGAACUUCGACCAGCUGGUGCUCGAAAUGGGUGGAGACAUAGAUGAGAACACGAAGAUCAAAAUAGAAAAAGCGAAAAUCGCGAUAUCCAGCUUGGUCGAUUUUACCAUCGAAGACAAAAAUCUCUUCGCUGGUAUUCCCAGUUCGAUAAUCAAAGUUGACGAUAUAAUUUGGGAAUCUGCUGAAGAAUCUGUUCAGAUUACUGAUGCUCUGUUAGCAAAAUGGGGUGGAAGAUACACGCCCGCGGCAAGAAAGUCUUUCGACCUUUGUCGAGGCGAAAAUGAAACGAUCCCAAAAGAUCAACUGUCCAGAUGCGGCGAAAAACUCAUGGAAGAUCUCAAAAUCAGCCAAAAAACGAGCUUGAUGACUGAUUUUCUUCAAUUUUCGUUCGAUAAAUUCGAUGCUGACUGGAAUGGCGAGCUCGAUUUUCAAGAGUUUGAGAAGAUUUUUGCCAAUUUCAUCGCGACAACUGGAUCGACGAUGAUCAAAUUAUUUGACAAGAAUGGAAAUGGUAUAUUAGAUAAAGCUGAAAUCGUCCAGAUUUUGAAGGAGCUAGGAAAAUUUGGUCGCUUUCAGGCCGAUUCUUUAGACGGAUCAGAUAUUAACUACUAUAUCCACCCCGCUGCAGAUUUUAUUUCGAGCUUUCUGGUUACGAUCAAAGAGACAAUCUCAAAGUCAGAAAUGACGAAUAUGACAGCGAAGGUGAUCACUAGACUAGCUGGAGAUUAUUACGACCUGCAAAUGAGAAAUUGGACGAAAGAUACUAAAAAUUCGAAAUAA